AUGAAAAAUAAUAAAGAAAUAAAAUUAAUUUACCGGACCUUAAAUGAUAAUUUUUUUGUUAUCAAUAAACCUGUUAACUGGACUUUAAAAAAGAAAAAAGUAAUUAGAGAUAUAAAAUUUUCCAAAUGUUCAGAAGAUUAUAAUAAAGAAGAAAAUAAAAAUGAAGAUACUAAAUACAUAAAUGUUUUAAAAAACCUAAGCAAUUCUGAAAAAAAUACAUUUUUAUUCACUAAUUCAUCAUCAUAUUUUUAUAAUAAUUUUAAUUUCAAUUUAAAUGAAAGUAAUUCAAAAGCUAAAGAUAAGGAAAAUGUAAAUGAUUAUAAAAGAAUUUUACAUAAUAAAUUUAUAGAAAAAUAUUAUUUAGAAUCUAUAUUAAAAUGUGAAACAAAAACGGAUAUUUAUUUUCCUUAUAAGUUACCCAUUUAUAUGAGUGGACUAGUAAUAUGUUGCCGGGAUUAUUAUAUUUAUAAAAAAUUUUUACAAAUGAUUGAUGAAAAUAAAUUAAUAAGGAAAUAUAGAUGUUUAAUAAAUAAUCCUUUUGUUUUUAUUCAUAAUAAACGAAAUGAUUACAAGAAAGAAGAAAAUGCAAAAGAAAAUUUAAAACCUUUGGAAAAUAAAUUCAAUCAAAAUAAAUAUGUUAAUAAAAUUAAUGAUAGGCAAAUUUGCAAAAAGGUGUACUUAUCAAACAUUAGUUCGUUAUUGGCGCAAAAAGAAGUGAGUGAAAUGUUUCCAUUUUAUAAUUUUUUUGAUAAUAAUUCUUAUUCUUCAAGUUACUGGUAUAAUAUAACUAACUUAGAAAUUGAGAAAUUGAAUGAAAAACUAAGUUUUCUUUUAGAAAAUGAUAAAAGAGAAAGUACAUCCAAAAUGGAAAGGAAAUCUGGCAUUGACACAGAAAAAGAAAAUAAUGAUUAUUUUAUUAAUGCAUAUUUAAAGAAAAGUCAACCUAUAAAAAGUCUUACUAAUUUUUUUAGUUAUAUUUUUAAUAAUGUUAUAAAUGAUUUUUCAUAUUUAAAAAGAGGGAAAAACAUUAUUGAAGAGUUUGAAGAACAAAAGGAUCAAGAAAUUAUGAUCUUCUACAAUAGUACACAUAAAAAAAGUGAAAAGGAAUUAAAAAUUUGCGACAAUAUAUAUAACCUAAAUUUAAAGCAUUUAUACAAUUCAAAAAAAAGAAUACUAUUUCCAUUAUCUCUAUUUUUUAAUGAGGGAAAUUUCUUUUUUUUUGAUAAAGAAAUAAGUAAAAAUUCAUUAAAAUUUUCAAUGAUCUAUAAAAUAAAAAAUUAUAAAAAAUAUUUAGAAAAAAAUAUAUUUUUAAAUAAUGAAAAGAGUAUAAACUACAAUCUUGAAAACUUUGAUAAUAUUUUUUUGAUUGAAUUUAUCUUGUUAAAUAACCAUAAACCUGAUCUUAUAAGGUUCUUUUUUAGUGAAACAAGUACACCUAUAAUAAAUGAUAAUAUAUUCUAUAAAAAUAAUUUUAAAAAUGAUAUUAUUAAUGAGCUAAUAUUAAUAAAGGAAAAUAAUAAUUUACAUAUAAAUUCAAGUAUUUUUGAAGAUAAGUAUAGUGAUAAUUCACAUAUAUUUUCUGAUGAAAAAAUAAAAGAUUAUAAUAAAAAAUAUAAUGAUAAUUUAUUAGAUAAAUAUAAACUAAAUAAAAAUGCUUUUACUAUACCUGAUGAUAAUUCUUUAAAUAAUGUAAAUGAAAAAGUGAAACUAAAUUUAAAUAAUUAUUUUAUAAAUGAAACUAAGAAUUCAAUUGAUGAUAAUGAUUAUCACAAAUAUAAUACAAACAAAAAGUUUCCAAAAAAUAAUAAUUUAUGUUUAGAAUUAUAUCAGUUACAAUUUUGUGAUCCUAUUAACAAUGAUUUUAUAAAAAUAGAAAAUUCUUUGUCUACUUCAUGGAUUUAA